AUGCUCGCACCACAGCUCUAUCCGGCGUAUGCCGCCAAUUGGCAGGCGCAGGAGGACGCCAUGGUCUUGGAGGCGGCGGAGCACUGCCGCGCGCUGCGCCAGACCCUGGAGGCGCCGCCUUCGAUCCGCCGGAAGCCCAGGAGCCCUGAGGCUGACAUCAAGCAGAAGGAGCAGAAGCUACGGGAAAAGGAGCUGUCGCAGCUGCUGCGGGACCAGCAGCAGCUGCUGGAGGAUCAGAAGUGGCAGCUGCAGGAGCAGCAGCGCCUGAUGGAGGAGAAGGAUCUGCAGCUGAAGAAUGAGGCCAGGCAGCUGGCAGAGGACCGGCUGGUGGCCCAACGCUGGCAGCAGCUGGCCUCCCUCCGGCAAAGGCAACUGGAGCAGCAGGAGGCGCAGCAGCUGCAGCUGGAGGAGCGGCUGGCGCAGGGGGUGGGGGCCUUUGCGGCGCAGAACAAGAUGCACGGGGAGUCCCUGCGGGGCUUCGCCGCGGAGCGGCUCAAGGCGCGGCAGCUGGAGGAGGAGCUGCGGGCCUUGGAGCUGCGCCACACCGAGGAGCUGCGCCGCCAGGCCGCCGCGCUGGCGCCGCGUGGCGGCGCCGCCGCGCGGUGCGCGCUCUUUGCGCCCACGGCGCCGGUGGCCUCGGUGCUCUGGGGCUCCCUGCCGCUGCGCCAGGCCGCGCAGGAGGUGGAGGUGCAAGCCUCCGUGUGGGCGGUGGAUGCGGAUGUGCAGACAGACAAAGCCUCUGUCGACCAGGAAGUUCAGACGGGUGAGGACACAGAGGUCGUGGAGUUGGAGGACCUCCUCGAGGAGUUGCGCAACGAGCUGGUGGAGGAGAAGCUGCAGGCGGCGGUUCGCCAGAAGCACCGGGACCAGGAGAUCCAGCGCUGCAAGUCCGAGCUCGAGGACAUGGCCAAGCUCCAGGAGGAGCUGGAGGCUGCAGAGGACAAGCUGCAGACCCCGGAGUACGUGCUCCACUCCGAGUUGCAGCAAGCCUACGGCAAUCUCCGGGACAUGGACACCACAGUGCGGAUGCAAGAGGACCGCGUGCAGGCGGUGUCGAAGUCCUGCGAGCAGCGGGUGGAGCUCAUGAGGGACCAGUCCCAGACCCUGAUGGAGCAGACCAGGGUGCAGGCGUCGCAGGCUGCUCUGGAGUACAGCAUGGAGCAGCAGAAAACCUCCUCCCUGCAGGAGCAGCUGGCGGCGGCGGAGGCGCGGCGCGCCGAGGACGCGGAGCGCCUGCAGAGCCUCCAGGAGCGCAUGGCGCUGGCCGUCGAGGAAGCGGCCCUGGAGGAGGAGAAUUUGAACAGUGCCCUUGCGGCGCAGCGGGCCAUGUGUGAGGAGCACUGCAGCAGGUUCCAGCAGGAGCAGCGGCUCCGCGAGAGCGUGGCAGUAUGGCUCAAGGACUCCUGGCGGAGGUGCGAGCUGCAGCCAGCCCUGGAGCAGGCCAAGGUCUUGCGGCAGGUCAUGGAGGAGGACCAGCGCACCGCGGAGGCGCUGCAGUUUGAGAACCACGCCAUCCUCCUGGAGGCGGCGCAGAAGCAGGCGGCGCUGUCCUUUUGCUCCACGGAGGUGGCCUUUGCAAGGGCGGAGGUGGACGCAUGGAAGCGGGACAAGGGGGAGCUCAGCGCGAAGUUGGAGAAGGAGGAGAUGCAGAUGCUGCACGAGGAGGCGGUCAUCGAGGAGUCCCGGUUCCUGGAAGCCUCCGCGAAGCGCGAGGCGGCCGCGGCCAAGGAGCCAGUGACGGCCCGCGCGCAGCAAGCGAUGGUUGCGCAGGCAGCACAGAUGACGCAACAGGCCUCGUCCUUUGCGGAGGAGUUGCGCGAGCUCCGGGUGGAGGCAGCCUCGCUGCGACGGAGUUUCGCCGCCGAGCCGCUGCGCUGCGGCGUGGCCGCCACAGCCGAUCCUCCACGAUUCGGCUCAGCUGAUGCCGUGGAGCCUCCGCGAUUCGGCGUGGCUGACGUGUGCCACUCGCGAACGGUGGCCUUCGAUUUGCCAGCCCUUGGAGAUGUGAACCCGGACAAGCUCAUGGAGAGCCUGCAGCUGCCGCGCCCCAGACCUUUGGCCGGCGUGGCCGGCCCUCAGAGCCCUGAGCGGCGAUGCCAGGCUGGGGCCAGCCUGAUUGAAUUUUUGAAGGCAGGCAGCAAGCUUGCGUUCUUGACUCAAGAGGGUCACUCACUCGACUACUGCAUGGCUGAGCUUGUCCUAAAGUUUCGUUCGGGGCCUCCUCAAGCCUCGCACAAUUGCAGCUGCAGAGGCGGGGGCUGUUUUUCAAAGCAGGGUAGAUACCAAUCGCCCCUGGGCGAUUUCAUGCGGCGGAAGGCCAUCCCCCAACGCCUGCGCUCUACGCUGGCGGCGCGGCGCCCGUGCUUGGCGCUUCUGGUGCCCUGGGCACUGCGGCGAAGCCGCAGCGGCAGAGGCGCUGCGCGAAAUGCCGGCAGGGGCUGCCCCCUGCUACUUCUGGAUCCUUGCAGGCCCCAGCUGAUUCAAGAAUUGCAGGGCCUGGGCUGCCAAACCGAGCAGCGAGGCAACGAUGAGACAGUGGAGGAGGCGCUAUGCCGCGCAGCCCCGGAGGUGGUGGUGGUGCGGUCCUCACUUAUCCAGGAGCCGCAGCUGGCGGCCUGCAAAAAGGCUCCGCAUCUUGUGAUGCGUGCAGGAGCCGGGGUUGACAACCUCGCGGUGCCGGCGCUGGCCGAGCGGGGAGUAGUGGUGUGCAAUGCAGCGGGCGCCAACGCUGUGGCUGUGGCAGAGCUCACCAUGGCGCAUUUGCUGAACUUGGACCGCCGGCUUUCUGACCAGGUGGAGUCGCUCCGCAGAGGCCAGUGGCAGCGCCUGCACUUCGCCAAGGGACCUCGUGGCCUCUACGGGCGCACCCUGGCAGUGCUUGGCCUUGGCUCUGUCGGCCGGGAGGUGGCUAGGCUUGCCAAGGCCUUCGGCAUGAAUGUCCGUGCCUGGAGCCGGUCGCUGACCUCUGAGGAGGCCGAGGAGAUGGGCGUGGCCUUCUGCGGCUCCAUGGAGGAGGCGGCGUUUUGCGCGGACGCCAUCACCGUCCACCUGCCACUCACGGCCGCCACUCGUGGAGUGGUCGGCCUGGACGUGCUGAUGCUUGCGCCAGGAGCGCUCUUCGUGAAUAUGUCCCGGGGCGGCGUAGUGGAUGAGGAGGCGCUCCUCGAGGCAGUUAAGGUGUAUGGCAUACGAGCAGGCUUGGAUGUGUUUGCCAACGAACCUGGCGCCAGCGACACCUCCUUUCAUGAUGAGGCUAUCAUGCAUCCAGACAUCUAUGGCAGCCACCACACGGGUGCCCGCACCGAACAGGCUGCCGAGGCAGUGGAGCAGGCGGUGCUGGAGGUGGUGUCCGCAUACUUGGAGGGGAGGCCUAUUCCAGGACGCCUUGCCUGAGAGCCUCCCACAUGACAGAAACCUCGACAGAAAAGAAGGCGCUGCUGCAGAGUAGCAGAGCGUGCCGUUGCUCCAUGAGCUUUGCGUUACACAGAGCCAGCCAAAUGUUUCCACUGGA